UUGAUUAUUGAUGCAGCCCCACAUGUGGUGAUGUGGGCGUCAACAAAAUCAAAGCCAUCCAAGAUUUAAUAAAUUCCGGCAGGUCGUACAAUUAAGACUAUAUAUACAUAUGUAGCUCCAUAUUUUCAGCAAACCACCCACCCCAGUACACGUCACACUCUGUAACAUACAUACAUGUAAACCUAUAUAUAUUUUCGACACUACUAAUUAAUACUGUACUUCACAGCUUCAUCAAUAUUAUUAUUAUUACAGUAGGCCGAGAAAUGGGGCUUAUGUGGAAAGCCCUUUUUAUCUCUGCAGCUUUCUUGUUUUUUCAUGAGGCAGACGCUGCUGCGGCGGCGGCGGCCGAGCACCACCGCAGCAACGGCAGCAGCCCCUCCGCCGCCGCCGUCACCAGAAAGCUGGCGGCGGCUGCGGGGUGCAACAUAUUCCAAGGGAAAUGGGUUUACGAUUCGUCGUACCCACUCUACGAUUACUCAACUUGUCCCUUCAUAGAUGAUGAAUUCAACUGCCUCAAGUACAAAAGACCUGAUCGAAACUAUCUUAAGUAUAGAUGGCAGCCUUUUUCAUGCAAUCUCCCCAGCUUCAAUGGGGUGAGUUUCUUGGAGAAAUAUAGAGGGAAGAAGAUAAUGUUUGUGGGUGACUCACUGAGUUUGAACAUAUGGCAAUCGCUGAGUUGCAUGAUUCACUCGUGGGUGCCGAACGCCAGGACUUCACUCAUUAAGAGACAAGGCCUAGCUGAACUCACAUUCCUGGAUUACGGGGUGAAAUUGUUACUCUAUCGAACUCCAUACCUAGUCGACAUAGAAAACCAAAAGGUCGGUCGAGUGUUAAAGCUCGACUCGAUCCAAAACGGGAACUCGUGGUUAGGAAUGGACAUGUUGAUUUUCAACACGUGGCAUUGGUGGACACAUACCGGAAGCUCCCAACCAUGGGAUUACAUGGAAGAAGGAGGUAAAUUGUACAAAGAUAUGAACCGUUUGGUAGCAUACUACAAAGGGUUGAACACAUGGGCAAGAUGGGUCAACCGAAAUGUGGAUCCUUCCAAAACCAAAGUCUUCUUCCAAGGAAUUUCCCCCACACAUUAUGAGGGGAAAGAUUGGAAUGAAGGAUCAAAAUCAUGUAAAAGUGAGAGUGAGCCAUAUUUUGGAAUAAAGUAUCCAGCUGGCAAUCCAUUAUCAGGAGUUGUGGUGAACAAAGUGCUGAGCAGAAUAAAGAAGCCAGUUUAUUUAUUGGAUAUUACAUUGCUUUCUCAGUAUAGAAAAGAUGCUCAUCCAAUUUACUACGGUCUACACAAUGGCUUGGAUUGCAGCCACUGGUGCCUACCUGGACUACCUGACACGUGGAAUUUGCUUCUCUAUACUGCCCUCUUCACCUAAUAAAAAAAAUUAUAUUAAUAUUUGGAUUAAUAAUUUAAUAUACACAUGUUGCUUUGUUUUGAUUUGAUUUGUUGAUACGUUAAAUUUUAAUGUUUGAUUUUUAGCUAGGGGGUUUUCUUUUUGGAUUUAUUGUUGUAAAAUUGGGUGAAAUAAGCUCAUUGUUUCUGGCAUGAAAUGUUUUGCCUAAGUUGAUGAAUUAAGGAUAAAGUUUAAUAAGUUCAUAUUCGAGUUUGAGUUAAUUAGGCAUAUAUGUUCGAACAUCAUCCUUUGUCAAUAAUGAUCAUAUGUGAAUGUAUUGAUCAAUGAGGCUUAUGUUUGCCA